AAGGUUAGGAAUCCUUCAUCUUCAGCAUCAGCGCCAUUAUCAAGUAGACGCUUGUGCGUCAAACGUGGACGUGGAUUUAAGCAACCCGUGUGUGGAAUUCCUUUCAUUUCAUUGCAAUCCAUCAUUUGUGCUCUUUCUUCUUCCCCCUUCUUUUUUUUUUUUUUUUUUUUUAGCGUUUGCUGCUUUUUUUUCCUAUGGACUGUACGUCGGACAAAAAAACAAGGAUUUAUUCUAUUCCUAAGAGACGCAGCGGACGGAUGAAGACCAGACCAGAGCACUGUAAUAUUCACAUACAUGGUAAAUAUUGUCAUACGUGCAGAAUAUUGUCAUACAUCAUGGGUGCUGCCUUCUUUUAGCGUCAUCGGGUCUUGCUAAAAAACAAGCACCUAUCCUACUCUUCAUUGUCACCUUCCAAAAGUAGAAAAAUGGAAAGCCUUUUCAUCGACCGGCUCGGUUAACUCUCGAGGAAUGACGAAGAAGGAUGUACCGUCAUUAUCGGAUUCCUGAGGAAUACUGAAUUGAUCGACGGGAUAUUGCGUUGACAAGAGCACGCCUAUCUUCCCUGGCGUGGGUGUAACAAACUGACCUUUGAACUUUGGAUUAGUCCUGCCGUCAUUGACUCCCGUUUGAGUAAUUUCAUGUGAGGAUGUCACAGGUGAGUACGCACAAGACUGAUUGAAUUGUGACAAACCAAUGAGCACAAACACGGCGAACAAGUUUGGAGUAAUGGCUCGGUGGGGGCAGCAUCCAAGGACAGGCUGCCGACUACUCCAGCUCUUUGCUUUCGGCAGAAAAAUGCGAUACAGUUUGGAGCGUCACACUUACAAAUGUCGCUCUUUGCUCUGGGUGCUUCUACUUCUGAGCCACACGUGUGCCGCGGAGGCCGACAAACACGACGACAACGACCUAGUGGUCACGACCCCGUAUGGCAAGUUGCGUGGGAUCAAGAAGGAGUUGAACAAUGACAUCCUGGGGCCCGUCGUGCAGUACCUGGGCGUCCCGUUUGCCGCCCCGCCCACAGGCGCGCGCCGCUUCCAGCCGCCCGAGCCGUUGGUGCCGUGGUCGGAGAUCCGCAACGCCACCCACUUUGCCCCGGUGUGCCCUCAGAACAUUGUUGACGGACGCCUUCCGGACGUGAUGCUGCCUGUCUGGUUCACCAACAGUAUCGACGUGGUGUCCACGUACGUCCAAGACCAGAGCGAGGAUUGCCUCUACCUUAACAUCUAUGUUCCCACUGAAGAUGUCAAAAGAAUAUCCAAGGAAUGUGCAAGAAAACCGGGCAAGAAAAUGUGUAGACAUGGAGGUCCCAUUACAAAGAAACACUCUGAUGAUUUAGGUGAUAAUGACCGCGCAGCAGACGAAGACAUAAGGGAGAGUGGAAGCCCCAAGCCAGUGAUGGUUUUCAUCCAUGGUGGAUCCUACAUGGAAGGAACUGGAAACCUGUUUGAUGGCAGCAUCCUGGCCAGCUAUGGAAAUGUCAUUGUCAUAACAGUCAACUACCGCUUGGGGGUCCUAGGAUUCCUGAGUACUGGUGACCAGGCAGCCAAAGGGAAUUAUGGCUUGUUGGACCAAAUCCAGGCUCUUCGGUGGACCAGUGAGAAUAUUGCAGCCUUUGGCGGGGAUCCAUUACGUAUUACUGUGUUUGGUUCAGGAGCUGGAGCCUCCUGUGUCAAUCUUCUCACGCUGUCUCACUACUCCGAGGGCAACCGCUGGAGCAACUCCACCAAAGGCCUGUUUCAGAGGGCCAUCACCCAGAGUGGCACAGCGCUCUCAAGUUGGGCUGUCAGCUUCCAGCCAGCCAAGUAUGCCAGAAUGCUGGCCCGCAAAGUUGGCUGUAAUCUGGAGGACACAAUAGAACUUGUGGCGUGUCUUCAGAACAAACCUUACAAAGAGUUGGUUGAUCAAGACAUCCAGCCGGCUCGGUACCACAUUGCCUUUGGACCCGUCAUUGAUGGCGACGUAAUCCCUGACGACCCUCAGAUACUCAUGGAGCAAGGUGAAUUCCUGAACUAUGAUAUUAUGCUCGGAGUGAACCAAGGGGAGGGUCUUAAAUUUGUGGAGCUGAUCGUGGACAAUGAAAACGGUGUUCAGGCCAAUGACUUUGACUAUGCCGUGUCUAGCUUUGUGGAUGAUCUCUAUGGCUAUCCAGAGGGUAAAGACAUACUCCGGGAGACCAUCAAGUUUAUGUACACCGAUUGGGCUGAUAGGCACAACCCAGAGACACGCAGGAAGACAUUGCUGGCCUUAUUCACGGAUCACCAGUGGGUGGCGCCUGCUGUGGCCACAGCUGACCUGCACUCAAGCUUUGGGUCACCCACGUACUUCUACGCUUUCUACCACCACUGUCAAACAGAACAGGUGCCACCAUGGGCAGACGCAUCUCAUGGAGAUGAGAUCCCAUAUGUCUUUGGUCUGCCAAUGAUUGGACCCACCGAGUUGUUUCCCUGUAACUUCUCCAAGAACGACGUGAUGCUCAGUGCCGUGAUGAUGACGUAUUGGACAAACUUUGCCAAAACCGGGGACCCUAAUCAGCCUGUGCCGCAGGACACCAAGUUCAUACACACAAAGCCCAACCGCUUUGAAGAAGUGGCAUGGACACGCUACAACCAGAAGGACCAGCUUUACCUGCACAUCGGCCUCAAACCUCGCGUCAAAGAGCACUAUCGCGCCAACAAGGUGAAUUUGUGGCUGGAGUUGGUUCCUCACCUGCACAGCCUUAAUGACGUCACCCAGCUCAUUCCCACCACCACGAAGAUUCCUCCAUCGGACACCAGCAACCGCACCCCCAAGCCAAAGGUCCCGGUGACCAAGAACCCCAGCCCGACCCCGUUUCCUACCGAGACGGAGGACAGCCAGAACCAACCCCACCUGGUGGACCACCGGGACUAUUCCACCGAGCUGUCGGUGACUAUCGCCGUGGGCGCGUCCCUGCUCUUCCUCAACAUCCUGGCCUUCGCCGCCCUGUACUACAAGAAGGACAAGCACCGCCACGACAUCCACAAGCGCUGCAGCCCCCAACGCAGCGCCGCCAACGACCUGGCGCACACCCAGGAGGAGGAGAUCAUGUCCCUCCAGAUGAAGCAGCGCUCCGACCUGGAGCAGGACUGCAGGCCGCUGGCCGACGCCCUGCAUCCCCACGACGUCUUGCUAAGGACUACCUGUCCCCCGGACUACACCUUGGCCAUGAGGCGGUCCCCGGACGACAUCCCUCUCAUGACGCCAAACACCAUCACCAUGAUCCCCAGCACCAUGGGACGACUCAGUGCGCUCCAGUCCUUCAGCGGCUUCCCCGGCGGCGGACAGAGCAAAACUCUGCCUCACCCUCACUCCACCACGCGGGUAUAGCCCCGGACACGCCCACUCGGACCUGUCGUCCAAUCGGCCCACGGCGCUGCUUCUACCGUCCGUGGGCGGAGCAGGCGGGAGACGUCACUUUUGUAAGCCACAAGUACAGCAGGAAGCGGUCAACACAUUUGGGAAAUAUUUGUCAGUCUUUUUACGGGACAGGAAGGACACGUCGCAGGACAGUAAGUGCGGAUUCUCUCGGACACUUUUCAUUUCCAUCCAUUACGGCAUGUCCACGACUACGAGGGGACUCUUUUUCUUUCUUCAAAAGACCAGAAAAAAAUCUUUGAAAAAGACAAAAAAAAGGCAGCCAACACAAUAUGCACAAUGGAAACCUUAAGAGCAGUUUUUAGGUGAAGCGUGUUAGAAAAGGUCAUUCUGCACUUUGAGUCCAGUUCUAGUCUUUCUAUUCUCCUCAAGGACGCCAAGGCCACGCAGUCCGGGGAGCGACUGGCAACCGCGCAGGCCGAGGUCCUCGCCUCGGACGUCCGCGGAGACUCAAAAGGAUCAUUUUCGCCCUCCCUCCCUUUUUCAUCCUUUCAUUUUGCUUCCUGGGUCGCUGGUGAGAAGGAGGAAAGACUCUCCGCCGGGGUUUGUGGUCUUAGGGAAUUAGCUGCAGGACAAAAUCUACCAGUGGGGACACGCUUUGCACUCUCCAUGUUGGCACGUCAUCGAUUAGUUGUACUGGAUCAUUUUGAUAUGCUGAUCGUAUUCUACCACUUUACGCACAUCGCUAACAACAUUUCCCUUUUGUCGACAUUUAAUACACCACCCAUUGCUAACGGCUUGUAUGAAAGUACACCAACACCCUUUUUAUUCAAAGGUGGAGCACGCACUCAGAACUUGAGCCAUUUUCUAAAGAACACUACGCCGUCAAGUAAUCUGUGGAUUUUACAGGAACAAAACAAACAAAAACGCCAGAAUUUUACAAAAAAUAAUUACAUUUUUCCGUUAAAUUUAGGGAAGUAAAAGUGGUUCUUUUUUUCCAUUUACAGUAAUCGACUGUAAAAAAAAAAUCUGUAGGGUUUACAGCAAUAUUAGGGAAAAAAAUGUGUUUUACAGUGCAUGACUGUAAAUGGAAGAACAGUACUACAAUAAUUUUACUGGAAUUUUUCACAAAAAAUAAUGUACUGCUCAAAAAGGUUCAUUAUGUCUUCUUAGACAUAUACUUUUUCAAAUAUUCUUGUAAUCAGACCAUAUUUUCAGUAUAUUAGAUGGAUUUUUUUACCUAG